AUGUCUCGUAGGGACGGCCCCCCCGCGGCGGCGCGCCCCGCGCUACUGCGGCAGCUGACCCAGGUCGCGAAGGGACCUUCAGUUCUUCCGCUGCCUCGGACUGCUCAGCCACGAACACGGCGCUGCUGGGGUAAGGUGUGGUCCGACGGCGGCGGCGCAGCCUCAGGCAACUCCAAGCCUGCGGCGAUGGCGACGGUGGCGGGCAGCAACCCGCAGCGGAGACGGCGGCGUCCUCCUGCCGCCGCGUACAGCGAUCUGCCGGCAGCGGCCGUACCGUCAGCACGCCGACGUGGGGUGGCGACACCGUCCUGCAUGGAUCGCGAGGUGGCGCAUCAGGCGACGGACGCAUCUGUCGGCGUCGUGACUGCUGCCGCUGAUGAGUUGUUCUUGUUGGCGGCGGCGGCGGCGGCGGCGACGGCUGCGGCAGAUGCAGUAGCGGUGGGAAACAAUGUUGGUGGCGGCGGAAGCGGCAAUGCCGCGCCGGAGGAUGCCGUCGACCUGAUCGUUGCACCGGACGCGGCACUGCGCUUCGCCGUGUUGACGGAGGCAACGACGGUGCUCGCCGGCAAUGUGGCGGAAUGGCUGGCGGCGGUAGUCCAGGGAUGGCGCGCUGCCGCCGCCGGGCUGGCGGAGCUCGUGCAGACCGGCCGCCGCCGCAGCAGCAGCCGCCGUCUUCAGCCGUCGGAUACCGCCGAUCUGCUACAGCUUGAGUCGGCCCUCGUGAGGGCGUGUGAGCUGCAUCUGCUGUUGUAUCGGGAGAGGGAGGAGCUGGAGAGGCUCCGAGGGGAGCUGCGGGAGGGACUGGAGGCGGCGUCGCGUGUGGCGGCGGAGGCGGCGGAGGCGGCGUCGCGGGCGGAGGCGGCGGCGGCGGCGGUCCAGAGGGCGGCGGCGGAGCAGGUGAUGCAAAUGGAUAUGGGGUUUGUGGUCGUGGCCGUGUCGGCGCGUGGCGAUUCGCUCCAGGGGCAGUUGCUGUUGGUGCGGGACGAGCUGAAAGCGGUGGAGGAGCGCCGUAUCAGCCUGCGCCAGGAGAACGACAAGCUCUCUUUGGAGCUGCAACUGGAGGCGGCGACAGCACUUCAGGGGCAACAGCACACGUGCCGCCCGCCGCUGCCGCCGCCGCCGCCGCCGCCGCCGCAGCAGCAGCAGCAGCAGCGGCGGCGAGAUCCGGCCGAGUGGUGUCCCUCGCUGCGUGCUCCUGGCCGCCGGCCGCCAAGGAGUGCCGUAGCGCCUCCGGGCUUACAAUGUACGACAGGAACCCAUGUGGGAGUACUGCCCAGGUCACUGACGUCGCCGCCGCCGCCGCCACGGUCGCCAUCACGGUUGCUGAGCCGCCCAGCGCUGGGGCGGCGGCGGUGUCGGCGGCGGCAUCACGAUGAGGUCGAGGUCAACGGUACGAACUUGAACCGGGCUGAGGCGGUGGCGGCGUUGUGGCGGCAACCGCCGCUGCCGACGACGACGGCGACGGCGACGGCGACGGCGACUACUCCGUUUCAGCCGCCAGCUCGCCCGCGACAAAGUCGUGGGGUUCACCAGGGAGCUUUAUCGCCAGCGGCGGCGGCGGUGGCGACGGUGGCGGCUGCUCGUCCACUGGGGCCGGCUCCGCCACCUCCGCCGCCUCCGCCGCUCGUCCCGGGGGUGGGGGACUUCGAGGUGGGGCUCGGCCCAACGGACAUUCGAGUGCAGAUGCGCCACGUCAGCCAGCUCGCGUACGACAUGCCGCAGCUGCAACAGCCGCUACCCGGGGACCUGGAGGCCCGUCUCCUGGCCCACUCCCUGUUGCAUUGGCUGAGUCAGGAAGUGUGGCGCGACCCGACCCAGUGGCUGGGGGGGCUGAGGGUAAAGCCGCCGCCAGACGUCGGCGCCGCCUCCGACCCGACCGACCCGCGGGUCGCAGCAUCAUUCGCCGAGCUGACCCGUGGGAUUGCGGCGACCUGUGAGCGGCGGCAGAGCUCGGAGCGCGACAUGGCAGCGCUGCCUGAGCAGCCUCAGCAAAUGCGGCUGCUCUUCCUAUGCACGUCACAACCUGGUUUAACGUACGCUGACGGGUACGGCAAGAUAAACCCCGACGCGGCUUUUCUGACCUGCCGCCAUCAUGCGGAGGCAGAGAGCAAUCGAACCUCUGUAGCAAUUUACACAAUUCACAGCAAAGUAGUAAUAGUAGGAGCGCAGACAUCAGACAAGCAGCUACCCAGCCAACCACCUCUGCUGAUUUUCAAAUCGCGCUCUUGCCGCCAUGCACAUUGCGCUAACCAACCAGCCAAGGCGCAAGUCAAAAAGAAAGAAGUGCUAAGACACAGAGAGGGCGGUCAAACCCUCUACUAA